UAUCAUAAUGCAUAAAAUCAAUGAUUUACGAGUAUAUAUAAUUUCAACUUGGAAUGAUUAUUUGUCAAUUAUUUUACUGUCACAGUAAAAAAUGUGCUAGUUUUUAGAAGGUAUAUGAAAUUGAGAACAUGUGGAAAUUAACAAUUUUCUUCUACCUUUGGAUUUGCUGUUUACAAUCUAGUAAGGCAUAUCAUUUAUCGACCGACGAUGAAUGGUGGAAGACAGCUACAUUUUAUCAAAUCUAUCCAAAAUCCUUUAAAGAUUCUGAUGGUAAUGGGAUAGGUGAUCUACAAGGUGUGAUCGAAAAGUUGGAUUAUAUUAAAGAUCUAGGAGUCACUGGCGUUUGGUUGUCUCCUAUUUUCAAAUCUCCACAAGCUGAUAAUGGAUAUGAUAUAAGUGACUACAGAGAUAUUGAUCCGCAGUUUGGGACUCUGGAAAUAUUUUUGGAGCUAUUGAAAGAAGCACAUAAACGAGGGAUAAAAGUUGUUUUGGACUAUGUUCCCAAUCAUACGAGUGACCAGCAUGAAUGGUUUAAAAAAUCUGAAAAUGGAGAGAAGCCUUAUGAUGAAUACUAUAUUUGGAAAGAUGGAAAAAAUGGAUCAAAAACUGAACCCCCAAAUAAUUGGCUUAGUGUUUUUGGACAUUCUGGGUGGACUUGGAGCGAAAAAAGACAACAAUUUUAUUACCACGCAUUUCUUAAAGAACAACCUGAUUUGGAUUAUCGCAAUCCAUUGGUCAGACAGGAAAUGAAAGACGUUUUAUCAUUCUGGUUAGAUACUCAUAACGUCGAUGGUGUCAGGAUGGAUGCAGUCAGUAAACUAGUUGAAGAUGCUGCAUUUCUUGAUGAACCUAAGUCUAAUGCACCUGGUGUAGCUGACUUUAUGUACGACUAUCUAACUCACACUUAUACAGAAAAUCAACCAGAAGGUUACGACGUGGUUUAUGAAUGGAGAAGUCAUUUAGAAAGUAUUUCUAAGAAAAAGGAAAGUUCAAGAAUAUGCAUGGCUGAAGAUGGGGCAAAUUUCACACUAACAUUGCCUUAUUAUGGUACUCUUAACGGAUCUGUAUUAGGAGCCCACUUCCCCUUCAAUUUCUUCUUUCUGCCACUAAACACCACUUCUAACGGAGGGCAAAUAGCGAAUAUAAUAAACGAAUGGUUAAUUAGACUUCCAAAGAUAUAUACUUUGAACUGGGUGCUAGGUAACCACGAUCUGCACAGAAUAGCUUCAAGAGUAGGCAAAGAAAAGGUUGACGCCUUAAAUAUGCUCACAGCAGUUUUACCAGGCAUCCAAAUAACUUACAACGGUGAGGAAAUUGGUAUGGAAGAUGGAGAAGUGACUUGUGAACAAGGCGAUGACCUGAAAAGUAAUUGUACUCUCUAUCCUUCUGUAAGUAGAGAUUUUGAAAGAACUCCCUUCCAAUGGGACAGCAGCGAGUUUGCCGGAUUUACCAACGGAACAUCUACUUGGUUGCCUGUCAGUAGCAAAAAAGAUAACUGCAAUGUUGCCGAUCAACUUAAAGACGAUAGAAGCCAUUUGAGUAUUUAUAAAAGUUUACAAAAAUUGAGGAAGACAUUAAACAGUAGAUCAGAAAUCGAAGUAAAUGCCCAAGGAAACGAUAAAAAUGUAUUGGAAGUAGCAAGGUUUAACAAAGUUAACGGUUCAAAUACUGAUUUGGUUGAAUUUAUUUGUAAUUUAGGAAACACUGCGGCUGAUGUUUCUUUGCUUGAAAAUAACAAUGUUGGAUAUAAAGUGCUUAUAAGCAGUAAAAAUUCAAAACGAAAGCCAGGUGACAUUGUUGACAACAAAAGUCUGGUGCUGGAUCCAUACGAAGCGCUUAUUCUCGGAGAAGCUUAGUUUGUUGUUAGCAUAGCUUUAAUAUAUUAGUUUUUAACUGUAAAUUGUAUAAAUAAUAUCUAAAUUAAAUUAUAUUUAUUAA